UCGUAAUGUAGGCUCCUGGCGGUCAAAAAUUCUUCUCAAAAUGUCAGUUUUCAAAAUUUUAGUUGGUUUGGAAAUAGAUAUCGUUUGUCCACAAUUUCUGGGACUGUUUGUUGGAUUGUUCAUUUUUACGUCUUUAUGUAUCGAGUUGGGAUCCGAAAAAUCUGUCAGUUUCCUGAUAAGUGGAGGAGAAUUUGUGAGCCUUGGUGAAUACCCAGCCAUGGUCACUAUCAGAGUAAGGACUAUUGGUCACUAUUGUGGCGCCAGCAUUAUUGAACCCCAACAUGUUCUGACCGUGGCUCACUGUUUAUAUACAAUGGAAAAGACCCUAGCAAAUAUUGCAGAUUAUGAAUUACUCGCCGGGACCACACAUCAAAAUUUAACUAAUCCGGAUGUGAUACAACGACUUCAGAUAUAUGCCUGCAUUAUUCACCCAGAAUUUAACUACGAAGUUGAACAAAACGACAUUGCAGUUAUUAGACUAAGGAAGCCAAUCCGCGAGACAUUCACAGUAGCGCCCGUUCGCAUAGCUUUGGAAACACCUCCGGAUGGAACUAGGUGCUAUUAUUACGGAUGGGGCAGAACAACUAACUCAAAUGUUGCAAUAGCCAGUCCAGUUUUACUCAAAGUUGAAGUCAAGAUUUACAGUAUAAGCCUUUGUCGUUAUAAAUACGUUUAUCCAGAAACUCAAAUUUGCGCUGGAAGAAUCGAAGGUGGGAAAGGAUCAUGUAUGGGUGACUCUGGCGGCCCACUGCUCUGUAACAAUGUCCUGUCUGGAUUAAUAUCCAUGGGAUAUGGCUGCGGGUUAAAACAUGUUCCACAGCUCUCAACAAAUGUUGCCACGUAUGCCGACUGGAUUGAUAGGGCAAUAGCCUGGAAUGGCAGCAGGGCGGCCGGUCAAAAUAUUCUUCUUAACCUUUCGAAUGGAAAGAGAAGUCAGAUGGUGUUGAAUUUUUGUAGUAUUUUUCUAAUAACUUUGUUAUGGGAUAGGUUAGUCAAGUGCUAAUCGUAUAUUAUAUAAAUAAAUGAUCUUGCUUUUAAAAUAUG